AUGCAAGUGGCUUUUGGUGAAAAGCACGGUGUGUUUCCCGAGCACACUGACUUCAUCACGGUCACCCGCCCUCGAGUUCCUCAUACGUUGAGAUUUCCAGUCUCAUACUUUAAGGAAGAGUCCAAGAACAUGGCCUACAUGUGCAAGUGGGUGACAAACGCAUUGGCCGAGGUGGCCCCCGUCAAGCCUGGCUCCUUCCCGACCACCCUCUUGCUUCCGCCAAAGAAAAACUCAGAUGAUGUUCCCUCCCAAGUUAAUAAUGUUCCUCCCCCAGUUGAGUACCUCCUCUUUAGUGUGUCCUCCGCGACUGACGUUGCCGCUGCCUGCAAGCAUGGUGGUCAACUGAACGUUGAUAACAACGGUCAGCAGCCCCGCAGGAUCUAUUUCGAGGCGCACACCGCCACUGCACAGGCCGUGGAAAAAGAGCGUCAAAUCAAAAUUGGUUCGCUCGCCUGA